ACGCGCGGUGAAUUUCCUCUUUCAAGUUCUUCCCUUUGUUAGUCAGAGGAGUUCGGUAGGCGGUGGUGGGCUCGGUCUACACGCGGCGCGCCCCCGUGCACCCAGCAACGUACCAACCUCCCCUGGACCCGGCUCGCCGUAGGCACGUGACCUUCUCUCUCUCUCUCUGCCUGCCGUUCCUGUCUAUCCUUCCCAAGACCUCGGGAGUCCAGAAAAAUCCCGUGGUCGGUGCCAUAGACAAGUGCGCCACGAGGAGGAGGAACAGGCCAUUCCACGGGUCAAACGAAGAGAAGCAAGCAAAGCUCCCACCUUACGCCGAAUCCGCCCUGAAAGAUUGCACCAUUCUCUCCAGGGACCAUGGAUAUAGAUGAUGUGUUCUGUAAUCUGCGUGUUGUUGGUGUGCCAACAAAGAGCGCAAUUUACAUAUGGGGUUAUAACCAGAGUGGGCAGACUGCACGAAAGGGCAAGGAGUGCCACUUGAGGAUCCCCAAGAGCCUCCCUCCCAAACUGUUCAAAUUGGGGAAUGGGGAGAGCCUCAGGUGGACUGAUAUUGCAUGUGGCCGUGAGCACACUGCUGCAGUUGCUUCCAAUGGAUCACUUUUCACUUGGGGUGCUAAUGAGUUUGGCCAGUUGGGAGAUGGGACAGAGGAGAGAUCAAAGGAGCCCAAGAAGGUCAAGGCCCUGGAGUCUGAGUUUGUGAAAUCAGUAUCCUGUGGUGCACAUUGUACAGCUGCUGUUGCUGAGCCUCGAGAAAACGAUGGCACGGUAUCGAAAAGCAGGCUUUGGGUUUGGGGGCAAAAUCAGGGUUCAGAUUACCCUCGCCUAUUCUGGGGAGCUUUCACACCAAACAUGGUGAUUCAGCAGGUUUCUUGUGGAGCCGUUCAUGUCGUGACUCUAUCCGAGGAUGGUCUACUACAAGCAUGGGGCUACAAUGAGUAUGGUCAGCUUGGUAGAGGUUUUACUUCUCAAGGACUUCAGGGACCUCGUGUAUUAAAUGCUUAUGCAAUGUUCCUUGAUGACGCCCCCGAGCAAGUGAAGAUUGUUAGAGUGUCAUGUGGAGAGUACCAUACAGCAGCUAUAUCAGAAAAUGGGGAGGUAUAUACUUGGGGACUGGGAAGCAUGGGGCAGCUUGGGCAUUGCUCCCUGCAGUCCGGAGAUAAGGAGCUGAUCCCUAGGCGAGUUGUUGCCCUUGAUGGAAUAGUAGUUAGAGACGUGUCUUGUGGAGGGGUCCACUCUUGUGCUGUAACUGAAGGUGGAGGUCUCUAUGCUUGGGGCGGAGGACAUGUGGGCCAGCUGGGAGUCGGGCCUCAGAGUGGCUUCUUUUCUUGCUCGCUUAAAGGAUCUGACAUGCUGCUUCGCAACAUUCCGGUCCUGGUCAUACCAUCAGGUGUCCGUCUUGCUACUUGUGGGCACUCUCACACACUUGUAUCUAUGAAAGAUAGCCGUAUGUAUGGGUGGGGCUAUAAUAGCUAUGGUCAGGCAGCAAACGAGAAAUCUACUUAUGCUUGGUUCCCUUCUCCAGUUGAUUGGUGUGUUGGUGAGGUGAGGAAACUUGCUGCUGGAGGUGGCCAUUCAGCUGUUCUGACUGAUGCAUGUUCGUUAAAAGAGCUGUGUGAGUUCAAGCUAGCAGAGACUGUAAACAUUUCUAAUGCGCAGCUAAUAGAAGAUGUUGCAGCACGGACUGGUGCUGAUGCCUUGGCACGCUUGUGUGAGAAAUUAAGGGAACAUUUGGAUGAGCAAGGAGAAUGUGAAUUCCUCGAAAAGCAAGUUGUUGAAGAGGUUGAGGCGAAAGCCGUUUAAACCACUGGCAUAUAGUUGAAGCGGUCGAGGCUGAAGCCGAUUAGACCAAUAGCGAUUCAUCUGACCAUUAAUACCUUAAAUUCCCAGUAAUGUUAUUGAUUCAGAUAUUAAUUGUUGUGGUCAUGGAAAAUUUGUGCGGUGUCUGGGCUCGGCAAUUGAUUUGAUUUCCAUUGGCCUGUACCCCCCCCCCCCCCAAUUGUUUGUCUCCCAAGUGUAUCGAAGGAGUGGAGGCGGAACUUUCAAGUGUCUUAUUGUAGAACCAAAUGGAAACUUAUGUACACUGGUAACUUAAUAGACAUGUAAUGUAAUUGUAACUCCUUGGCAAGCUGAAAGCUGAAGAGCCUUAUGUUUAA